UAUAGUAGUUAUCACAUUAGAGGCUGUAUCUGACUGCCAUUGCCGCUAGAUUCAUUCAAAAAAGCCACAGUCCAGGUUCAUUUUGAAAAUUUCGGCGUGGCCAUGCCUUCAGUGUAACAGUCUGAUCAUGGCCGAAGAAGCCAAAUUCCUGUGCUAUAUUCGGGGUAAAGGACGUCCAUGGCCGGCGCAGAAAUGGCUGGGCGCAGUUGGCGGGAGUUUCACCGAGAAGGUCACGCGCGAUAAGCUAGUGGAUAGGGUUUUUACCUCAGUGAAUUUCGCCGCCGACAAGGCGAGCGGAUUCAAAAAGAAGGCGCGGAAGGGCGGGGGAGGGGGCGGGGGCAAGGCGGCGGAGGCCAGCUCCGAAGAGACAGGCGGCGGCGACGGAGAGGAGCUUACCUCAGUAGAGGAUGAUAACGAUGACGUGUCAUCCUCUCAGUCGGCGAGCAACAAGGGGGGGGGGGGAGCAGAGCACAUGCGACUGGGCUUGCGAACGAAAUCGGCGGCGGAUUUGAGCAGACGAGACGCGGACGAGAAAGAGAGCGGAGGAGGGAGGAGGAGGGAAAUCGUUGACGUCACCAAACUCAACGACGAAACCCUAACUCAGCUCAAUAAUGAGCAUAUGUCGGGGGAGGCGGCGUUGGUCAUGCCAGGAGGAGGGGUGAUGGUGGACCGAAGGUUGGGAGAGAUGCCGCAUGCGCCGGGACUUGUACUCAUCAGGCCAAUCAUCUACGCCGUUCGAGACAAAGUGAUUGCCUUCACGGGGUACUUGUCCAACGUUCCAGAGAUCCUCAAGGAGUUCUGUCAAGAGAAGAUUACCUACGAGACCAAAUGGGGCGGACUAGUACGGCGUCAGGUUAAGACCCCUCCCACGUGGGUUGUGGUUGGCAGUCGCCACACACUGGAAGCAGAGUUAGUGUUGCGGAUGUAUGAGCAUUUGAAUCCGGAGAACAUGUUGCGGUUUCUGAGGGGUCGGUUUGCCUUUGCGCUUUAUGACUCGACGAAGAUGCGUCUGUUUGCAGCAAGGGAUGGUUCAGGAUCCUUUCCACUGUACGUUGGGGACGAUGAGGAUGGAGGGCUCUAUGUGAUCAACAACCUCCACAUAUCAGUUGCUGGUGUCGCGAAUUUCGAGGAGGUGGCCCCUGGAAAUUUCGUUCUGGGGGUGGGGAAAGGCCUCCGACAAUUUGUAGACCAACAGAAAGCAUUCGUACGGCGUAUCUCGGGUUCCGGGAGGCCUGCCACGCCGCCCUUGAAUAACCCUCGGGUGGUGAAGGCGCCUUCCGCCGGGGAGCGACUCAACCGACUGAUGCAUGGACUUAACUAUCCCAGCUCUACGAGGCUAGAGCGGGAGGGAGAUGAGGACGCGAGGAGCAGUAUUACGAUUGAUCGCAAUGGCGCUCGAGAAGGAAGUUCAGGCUCAAAAAGUGCAGUGUAGACUACUUGAAGGCCUUUACCGUUACGGUCGAUGGUUGGCCUGUGACGUCUGCUACUGGCGGAACCACUGACAUUUCUGCUGUGGGGAUAGUCUGAAGGAUUGGAGCGGCAGGAUGAGGACGUGAAAAGCAUUGUCACCCCUGUUUUCUCUGCCCACUGGAAACUCAAACUGUGGCCCCCAGCGUAGUUGUUUCACAAAAGUAUUACUGCUGAUCGAAGAAGUAUUACUGCUGAUCGAAGAAGUACUACUGCUGAUGGAAGAAGUAUUUACUGCUGAUCGAAGAAGUAUUACUGCUGAUCGAAGAAGUAUUACUGCUGAUCGAAGAAGUAUUACUGCUGAUCGAAAAAGUAUUACUGCUGAUGGGAGUGGUGAAGGAGAAGGACAUCAGGGUCAAAAAGUGCACUGUAGGAAAAUUGCAAAGGGUGUUACUUGGACAGUUGACGGUUGGCCUGUGAUGUUGCAACUGGUACAACAACGGUCGUGAAAAGCGGUAUUACGGCGGAUUACGGCGGUGAAGGAGAGAGAAGGAGAGAGGAGGAACAUCAGGGUAAAAAAGUGUCCUGUAGACAGUGUAGAGGGUGCUAGUGGCACAGUUGAUGGUGCGGCUGUGAUGUUGCAACUUGCAACUGGCACAACAGCAGAUGCGAAAAGUCACAAGUGGUAUUUUACAGUGGAUUACGGUGGUGAAGGAGAAGGAACCUCAGGGUCAAAAAGUUCACUGUGGGAAAAUAUCACAAAGGAUGUUACUGAUGGCUGAUGGUUGGCCUGUGAUGUUGUAACUGGUAAAACAGCAGAUGUGAAAAGUGGUAUUCCGUAUUACGGCUGAUUGCGGUGGUGGAUGGGGAGGAGGAACGUCAUGGUGAAAAAGUGCACCGUAGAGAGUGUCACUGUGUCAGUGGCACAGUUGAUGGUUGGGCUGUGAUGUUGCAACUUGCCACCGGUACAACAGUGGACGCAAAAAGUGGUAUAACAGCGGAUUACGGUGGCGAAGGAGGAGCGUCGGGGUAAAAAAAACAGUGUUCUGUAGGAAAAUCCGAGGGUGUUUACUACUGUCUUCACCCGAAUAGAACGCUCGGUCAUUAUCGCUCCAUCUAGACAGAAAACUGCCCCAGAUACGUCUAUAUAAUGACCACGCGUUCUAUUCUGGUGAAGACGGUAGUAAACACCUGAUGGUUGGCCUGUGAUGUUGCAACUGGUAGAACAGCAGACGUGAAAAGUGAAAAGUGGUAUUACGGUGGAUUGCGGUGGUCGCUGGGGAGGACGAACGUCAGGGUGAAAAAGUCCACUGUAGGAAAAUCCCAAAGGGUGUUACCGGCUCAGGGUGAAAAAGUUCACUGUAGGAAAAUCCCAAAGGGUGUUACCGGCUCAGGGUGAAAAAGUGCACUGUAGGAAAAUCCCAAAGGGUGUUACCGGGACAGUCGAUGGUUUCACCCGUGACGUCUGCAGCGGGUAGAACGGCAGAUGCGAAAAUUCAAAAUUGGUAUUACAGCUGAGGUCAGCGGGGUGGAGGAGAAGCAACUUCAGGGUCAAUAAGUGCAGUACAGAAAAAUUAAAGGGUGUCACGGGGAUGGGCGAUGGUGGGCCUGUGAUGUCGGCAACCGGCACAACAGCGGGCAUUACAGCGGGCAUUACAGCGGGCAUUACGGCUGCAAGCAUAGUGUUGUGGGACGGAAUGACGGGAAGUGACGAUUAAAAAAUCAGUAUCACUGCUGAUCGCUGCUGCGGAGGAGAAGGAUUUUUUUUGAAGGGUCAAAAAGUGCAUCGGAGGAAAUGCCAGGGCGAGGGCGUAGCUGCGACAAACCGACGGGCCGAGCUCAGAUGGUACACCCAUGAACUCCUGAAAAAAUACAGACCCGAGUUCGAAUCCAGAUGAGCGGACAUACAAUAACGAUAAUUCUGAAGUACCUUGGGCCAGUCAGCUCCAUGAUGAUAUCGUAAGGCUGUCACCCUUUCUAAAAAUAAACGGCAAAAAGGAGG